AUGUUUCCAAGUGACACGGUCUUGGGGAUUUUCCUCACAUCUGAGUUCUGCAUCGGCUUCAUAGGGAACUCAUUGUUCUUCCUAUAUUAUGUGUACAUCUUCUUAGAUAAGCAUUAUCUGAAGAAAUCUACAGAUGCAAUUGUCAUGCACCUGACAAUAGUCAAUACUUUGACAAUUGUCUUCUUGUUGAUACCUGAUAUUGCAUCAUCCUUUGGAGUGAGACGUCUUCUCAAUGAUGCUGGUUGUAAGGCAGUCUUGUAUAUCCACAGAGUUACCCGGGGUCUUUCCAUCUGUACUACAUCUUUUCUGAGUACAUUUCAAGCCAUCACCAUCAGUCCCAGUAACUCUAAGUGGGCGUGGUUGAAACCUAAACUCUCUACAUGGAUCUUUCCGUCUUUCUUUCUCUUCUUGGUCAUCAACAUGCUCAUUUACAUUCAUCUCAUUCAUACUGUAAUAGCCAGGAACAAUGACAGUCAUGCUGUCCGGGGUUAUAUUCACGCUUUCUGUAAGAACAUAGAGUUUAGGGUUGACUCAUGGCAAUUUUUCUUUGUCUUACUCACUCGAGAUCUCUUCUUUGUUGUCCUCAUGAUGUCAACCAGCCUCUACGUGGUGAAUCUCCUUUUCAGACAUCAUAGGAGAACCCAGCAUGUCCACAGCCAGAGCCUCUCCUCCCAGCCAUCUCCUGAAACCAAAGCCACUCACAGCAUCCUUUUGCUGGUAAGUUGCUUUGUGCUCUUUUAUUGGUUGAGUAAUAUUGUCACCAUUUAUGGAUUCUAUACUUCUGAGAAAAUUCUAAGACUGGAAGGAGUUAAUGCUAUUUUAUCAUCCUGCUACCCAGCCAUGUGUCCUUUCAUACUCAUGAGGAAUAAAAAGAUUAUUUUGGCCAGUGACUACAAUGGUGAUGAAAAAUUCAUCAAAAUGCUGAGAAGUGGCAGUUACAUGCUUAACAUUAAAUGCGACAUCUUGAUGACAUCAACCAGGGCUCAGGAAACAUUCAACAGUGAGGGUGGAAAGAAAGAAUGUGGGAGCUGGAGGACAGAAAAGCAAAGGAGCAUUGACAUAUUGACAAUGUGUGCCAUGUUUCUUUAUCCAUUCAUCAACUGA